UCAGCAGCUGUGUCCUCUCAGGCCUGGCACAGUCCCAUGGCCUUCUGUAUUGUCUCAGCAGGUGCUUCCCCCAGGCCUGUCCCAAGGGGUGAAUCCACCUUCAUCUUCUCUUGUCUGGGGUGUGAGCUGAGCUCCAGCACCAGGGCUCAGGGAGACGCUGGGCAGCCCCUGGAUAGACACACACUUCCAUGGACAGCCCCUCUCCUGGCAGAGGGUGGGGAGAAAAGGAGGCCUGGGCAGCCCAGCCCCACUGUGGGCUCAGGGCCUGUGUGCACCAUGGCCUGGACCCCUCUCCUCCUCGUGCUCCUCUCUCACUGCACAGGUUCCCUCUCCCAGCCUGUGCUGGCUCAGCAGCCCUCCCUCUCUGCAUCUCCUGGAGCCACAGCCAGACUUACCUGCACCCUCAGCAGUGGCUUCAGUGUUGGGGGCUACUACAGAAACUGGUUCCAGCAGAAUCCAGGGAGCCCUCCCCGGUAUCUCCUGGCAUAUAAAUCAGACUCAGAGAAGCUCCAGGGCUCCGGGGUCCCCAGCCGCUUCUCUGGAUCCAAAGAUGCCUCGGCUAAUGCAGGGUUCCUGACCAUCUCUGGGCUGCAGCCUGAGGACGAGGCCGACUAUUACUGUGCUGCAGAGCAUGGCAGUGGGAGCAGCUACAGUGACUCACAGUGGCUCAGAUGCCGAGGAAGUGAGACAGAAAGCCCUGGGCCCAGAGGUUAUGCUCUGAGCCUCACUGAAGCUUCUGUGGGGGCCUCUGCAAAGUGGGCUCCUCUGCAGUCAGAAACGUCCAUGGAAGGGGGCGGAGCAGCACACAGUCAUGAGUGAGAGCACAGGGCGUCCCCGGGUCACUCUCUCUGAAGGGGUGAC